AUGAACAAUCUCUUGGAUGCAGUGAAAGUAUUUUGUGUAUCAAUCUUGGUGGCUUUCGCAACCGUAAAUGCCGGUUACUCGGGCAGUUACGGAGGUCACGAGGGCUACGGAGGUCAUGAGGGCUAUGGAGGUGAUGGAGGGCACCACGACAUCUCGCACACGGUGGAAAUAACCAAGCACGUUCCGAUUCCUGUUUACAAGCACGAAGCCGUACCGAUUCCUCACACCGUUCCCGUUCCGAUCCCCAAGCCUGUGGCCGUUCCGGUUCCUCAACCCUACCCCGUUCACGUGAAAGUACCCCAACCCAUCGCCGUUCCCGUUAUCAAAACCAUCACCAUCCCCGUGGAGAAACCGGUACCCUACAAGGUGGAGAAGGAAAUACCCUACCACGUAGAGAAGCCAGUACCCGUUCCAGUUGAGAAGCACAUACCCAUCAGGAUUCCCAAGCCAGUACCCGUCAAAGUACCCGUUUACAAAGUCGUGUACCACCAUAGCAAACAUUAA